CUUGAUUUAAUUGAUUCCAUUUGUGAUCAAGACGGCUCUUUCUGACCUUUCAUUCUCUCUCCAUUUGGGUUCUUGGUUUUGAAGGUGGUGGUGGUGGUGUCUGUGGUCUGUUGUUUGGUUUUGUUCUCUAUUGACUAAUUUGCUCGUAAUUUGGUUUCUACCCUCUUUAUGUCUCAUCAAAGACAAUUCCAUAUGGUGGGCGGAAACAAUGCUGGGCAGUUUGGCGAUACAACGUAUACCAAGAUCUUUGUGGGAGGGUUGGCAUGGGAGACUCAGAGAGAAACAAUGAAGCGUUACUUUGAGCAGUUUGGGGAGAUCCAAGAAGCAGUGGUGAUCACAGAUAAGAACACCGGAAGAUCAAAGGGAUACGGCUUCGUCACGUUUAAGGAUCCAGAUGCCGCAAUGCGAGCUUGUCAGGAUCCAUCGCCUAUCAUCGACGGAAGGAGGGCUAACUGCAACCUCGCCUUACUUGGUGCUCAUCGCAAUCGACCACCUACUCCUCAAUAUGCAGGUAAUGCGAGGUUCAGACCAGCAGCAACAACCGGAUCGGCCGCUCCACCCGCUUAUCAUGGCGGCUCCUCUUCCACGUAUAUCCAUCAUCAACCCACCGCUCAAUACGCACUUCCUUAUUCUGCUUAUGGGUAUUCUGGAUAUUCACAGGACACCAUGUAUCCCAUGAACUAUUACAGUGUAUAUGGAGGCCAACAAUUUUCUCCUUACUACAGCACUACGGCGUCCGGAGCUCCUGGGAUUAUCCAUAAUUUCUAUCCGUUCUACGCCCAAUACGUACAGAGCAACCAAGCGCAGGGUUUUGGGGCUCAUCAGUAUAAUCAUCCCCAGAUGCUACAGUACCCUUAUGUCCCUCACCACUUGGGUGCUUCGCCUGGGAGCCUAUCCCUCCCUUCGACUUCACUUCCCUCUGCAACCACUACCACCGGUGUGACGGCGACUGCCACAAUGGGUGUGACAGGAACGGAGACCAGUACUACAUCGCAAGCACGAGCUGCAGGGACCAGUAUCGAAUAGUAGAACUCAUCAGCAGCUUAAUUUCUAAGAGGGAGAAAUGUCAUUUCAUUCAGUUUCAUCACUAACGCCGUUCAUACUUGAUAGACAGGGAAAGGGUACAAUAGCGAGGACAGGAAAUGGAAAGAAUUAUUAAGAAAAGAAUUCUUCAGUAGAUGAUGACACCCAAUUGGG